UCAAAAUGUUACUUCUUCGUCAAACGCAACCAAUAUAAAUUUAAUAGAACCCCUUAAUCUCUAUGCACCCAAAAUCUUUUUGAGGAAAAGGUAAAAGAAAAGGUAAAGUGUAAACAAAAAUCUAAUUAGUUCAUUAAUGGAUCUCGUUCCUCCUUCACUUCCCUCUUUAUACGAUGAUCUUUACCCACCAGUGUCAGAUGAAGAUUUAAAACGAUUUCACACUGUUGAUCGAAGACUUUACGGGAAAUUGAUCAAUAUUCUAGGCCGUGACCCUACUGAAUCUAUGAAAGCCAUGGCAUUCCUCCAGUGGCUUGAACGAGUUGCAAGGGACUCUUUCUUUGUGAUGAACCUUUAUGAUGUUCCGUCUCCAUUGCUUAACGAGGUCAUGGACGAAGCCUUAAGGUGCCUAAAAUGUGCGGAGGAGGACCAUUUCACUGGAAAUAAUUCUUGUGAGAUUCUCUUAAUUCCACACAUGUUGAAGCGCAAUUAUUUCACCCUCAGAUACUUUCAUGAGAUCCGAGCAAGAGUAAUUCGUGGUGUCACCUACGCCCUUAAAAUGAUUUGUCUUAGGGCUUUUGAUGAUAUGCUAGUAGUGCAACAGCCAAACGAUUUUACUGGGGCAUGUUUGGUCCCAUCACCAAAUGUUGUGAACAUAGAUCAUGAUAUAGGGAAGGUGCCAAUUAGCAACAACCCAAGUCAUCAUCAUUUCCCAAUUGGUGCUGGUGGUAGUAGUAGUUUUCUAGAGUCAAUGAUACCCAGGGAGAACAAGAUCGAAGAAAUAGGAAGCCUUACCAGUAGUAGAAUGAUGUCAAAUUUUAACCCUAGCAUUGUCCUUAGUGGUUGCUCUAACAUAGAAGAAAUGGCAAGGGCGGCUACUAGAAUGGUCCCGAUAAACCCUAGCCAUGUCCUUGGUGGUGCAUCGAACAUAGAAGAAAAGGCAAAGGCGGCUACUAGAAUGGUGCCGAUGAACCCUAGCCAUGUCCUUGGUGGUGCAUCGAACAUAGAAGAAAUAGCAAGGGCGGCUUCUAGAAUGGUGCCAGUGAAGCCUAGCCAAGUAGCGGGGGCCGGUGUCGGUGCCGGCGCCACUGGUGGGAUCGUUUUAGGUGUGCCUUAUGUUGUUCCAAAUCAAAUGGUACAAUAUAUGCUACCUUAUCUUGGAGGAUCCUCCAUGAAUUUGUUGCCACCUUCUAUACCUUAUAAUGGACUCAAUUUUUCUCAUGCUUCUUCCAGUGGAAGUGGAAUUUUUCCUCCUCAAAUGCUGCCUGGUCCUCAUAAUUAUCAUCCUGACUUUGUUGAUCCCCAAGCAUCCCAGGCUAUGUACAGGAAUCUUACUGAAUUGUUUCAGAACAACUUGACUAUAUUUAACGUUGUCAAAAAAGAGAAAGAAGUCGCUCCUGAUGAUAGGACUGUGUUCUUGACUUUCUCCAAAGGCUAUCCAAUUACUGAAACUGAAGUCAAGGAUUUCUUCACUAGGAAAUUUGGGGAGGAUGUUGAAGCCGUUUACAUGCAAGAGGUUACCGAGGAGGAGCAAGCACUGUAUGCGCGGCUUGUGACUCGCUCUCCUGCUGCCCUUGAGGCUAUUGUAGAGGGUGGAAAAGCCAAGUACAACAUCAAUGGGAAGCAUGUCUGGGCAAGAAAAUAUGUUAAGAAGCAAAAUUGCUAAUAAGACCAUGCAUGUUUGAGGGACAAACCUAUUCUCCAGUUGCAUCCACUUUACACUAAUGCCUCAGUCUGCUUACUCGAGGGGUGAGGGUUUUAAGAUGUCAUUUUGUUGUAUGUUUCUGUUUCAUAAGAAUUGUUUUAUCCUUUGUAGUUGUAUUAUGGAUUUUGAAUAUGCAUUUCUGUUUCGUCGUUUAACACAAUUGACGAAAAUCUUUUGGCAUGCCAGACUAUAUAAAUGUAUGUUUUC